AUGUUGAUUGUCAAAUCUUUCCUUGUAUCAUUGGGCAUUGCCAGGGUAUAUGCAGCCACUGCGACAACAUCCGCACAGACAUCUUCUAUAACCAGCUGUCAUAGUCAUGGGUCAAGCAUUUAUUGUAUUGAUGGGGAUGGAGACGAAGUUCUGGUCUCGGCCACAUCCACCCCCACAACUGGAGUACCAGCACAAUACACAGGGUGUCAUUCUCACGACAGCGAGUCAUAUUGUGUGGACGCAGACGGAAACGACGUAUUGAUUCAAAAGGAAGAAACGGAGGCCGAGAGCGAGACCGAACAUAAUCACGACCACGAUGAGCACAGUGAAGACGAGGAACAUGAACAUGAACAUGAACAUGAACACGAGGAUGAGCAUGAACAUGAGCAUGAGGAAUCCUCAAAUGGAGCCAAACAAAAUUGUCACUUCCAUGCAGGCGUGGAACAUUGCGUUGGAGAGGGAGAAUCAGAGGGACGCAGUGAAUCAUCUUGUACUACUAACGCAAGAGACUAUGACGUACCUCUGCGUAUCGGCACCUUGUUCGUUGUUCUUGCAACUAGUGCCAUUGGUGUCUUCGCCCCAAUUCUCUUGAUGAAACUCCCAUCCGCCAGGAUCAAUGGCGUAAUUUCAACCGUCAUCAAACAAUUUGGAACUGGUAUUAUCAUUGCCACAGCUUUUAUCCAUCUAUACACCCAUGCAAACCUCAUGUUCACCAACGAAUGCCUGGGAGAACUCGAAUACGAAGCGACUACCUCUGCUGUAGUGAUGGCCGGUAUAUUCAUUGCAUUUUUGUUGGAAUAUAUCGGUCACAGGAUUGUGGUUGCUCGCAACAACAAGAAGGAAGCCAUGGAGACCCCAACGUCCGAAUCUCAGCAGACAUCUGAGAAAGGACAGCACGAACACUCGCAUGAGCAACCGCAGCAUCCCACAUUGGCCUGUCUGGGACACAGUCAUGGCUCUGAUCCCACCGGACCCAAUAGCAAAUUUUCGGUCCUUGUCAUGGAAGCCGGUGUCCUCUUCCACAGUAUCUUGAUUGGCCUCACCUUGGUCGUUGCUGGUGACUCCUUUUACAAGACCCUUCUGGUGGUGAUUGUGUUCCAUCAAUUCUUCGAAGGAUUGGCACUCGGCGCUCGUAUUGCCAUGCUUCCAGGAGCCAUCUUUCCUUCCAAGGCACUCAUGGCGGGAGCAUUUGCUUUGAUCACGCCUAUCGGUAUGGCCAUUGGACUUGGUGUUCUCCACACCUUCAAUGGCAAUGCGAGAAGCACAUUGAUUGCACUGGGAACAUUAGAUGCACUGUCGGCUGGUAUUCUGGUGUGGGUUGGUGUUGUUGAUAUGUGGGCGCGUGACUGGGUCAUUGAGGGAGGUGAGAUGUUGCAUGCGAACAUCGGAAAAGUUUUGACUGGCGGGAUUUCCCUAGUCACUGGGUUCGUACUAAUGGGAGUGCUGGGCAAAUGGGCUUGA